CUUCUCUCCGUCGGAGCGCAGCCAGUCAGAAAUGUCUGUCUUCUUCAGAAUGAAGAAAUGCAAAUGCUUCCAUAUUUGUCCAAUACGAUGGCGUAUUUUAAUACCGUUUUUAAUGGUUGUGCUGCUCUGGCUGUUCAAAGAUGAUUGGAUUUUAUUCUUUCACCAAGAUAUGUACUUUGUAGAACUGUUUUUAAGCACCUCGUCAUUUGUGAAAAACAGGUACAGCCAUGUAAAUGACCAAUAUACAAUUAAUUGUUCCUACAUCUAUGAUCAAGAUCCCACGGAGAUUGGAAAGUCUUUAGUGAUAAAGAGAAAAGAGAUUAUUGAUUUAGAAGAUGAAGAUGUUAUAGCAAUGACCAGUAACUGCCAGCAAUACCGAAGAAUUAGAGAAUAUCACCUAAAGGCCGUUUCUCCAGAAGAGGAAGAAUUCCCUUUAGCUUAUUCUUUGGUUGUUCACAAAAAUGCCAUAAUGGUCGAGCGGCUCAUUCAUACAAUUUAUAGUAGUCAGAAUGUCUACUGUAUCCAUUAUGAUCAAAAGUCAUCUGACACUUUCAAACAGGCUUUGGAGAAUCUGACCAAAUGUUUCUCUAAUAUAUUCAUUGCAUCCAAAUUGGAAGUGGUUGAGUAUGCCCAUAUUUCAAGGGUGCAGGCAGACUUGAAUUGUUUUUCUGAUUUAUUGAAAUCUGAAGUUCCAUGGAAGUAUGUAAUUAAUUUGUGUGGCCAAGAUUUUCCCCUGAGAUCAAACUUUGAGCUGGUAGAUGAACUUAAGAGACUUAAUGGAGAUAACAUGUUGGAGUCUGUCAGACCAAGCAGUAGUAAAAAACAAAGAUUUACCUAUCACCAUGAACUUCAAAAAAAGUUUUAUCACUCCAUGAAGAUGCCUGCGAAAACUAAUAUUCCAAAGAGUCCACCUCCACACAAUUUAAAAAUUUUUGUAGGCAGUGCGUACUUUAUUUUAUGUCGAGCUUUUGUACAAUAUAUUCUUGGCAAUUCCCAAGUUCAAGAUUUUUUUGAAUGGUCAAAGGAUACUUAUUCACCGGAUGAACAUUUCUGGGCAACUCUUCUUCGUAUGCCUGGAGUACCUGGACAGGUUUCAAGAGAAGUUGGCGAUAUCACAGAUCUUCAGAUCAAAACCCGUUUGGUAAAAUGGUACUACUUUGAGAAUGAGCUCUACCCUCCCUGCACUGGUGCACAUCUUCGCAGCGUGUGCAUCUAUGGAGCUGCAGAACUCAGAUGGCUCCUCAACCACGGGCAUUGGUUUGCCAACAAAUUUGACUCAAAAGUGGAUCCUAUUGUAAUAAAAUGUUUGGCAGAAAAGAUUGCCAAGCAGCAAAAGCAAUGGGUUCGCUUAGCUUCCGAAAAACGUGUGAUGCACAAAAUACUUACGGGUCCCUCCUAACAGUAUAGAAUAGUUAUGAGUAGAUUAUGUGGUAUUUUUAAAGUGCGGAAUUUCUCACUUGCAGUUAUGAUGGUAAUAGAAAAGUACUUUUAUGGCUCAUUCUCAUAUUUAUGACCUUUGCAGGUCUGUAAGAGGAAAAAAAGCCGAAGUAAGAUCACGAGCCCAAGUACAGUUUUACUAGGGACUCCUUCACUUAAGAACCAAGUUUCCAGUCCCAAUUGUGGUUAGCAAACAAGCACUAUCUGUACAACUUCAGUAAUAAAAGAUUAAAGAGAAUGAGCUUAUUUAUAUUUGUUUAAGCCAAUGGGUCUCAAGCCUUUUAACUUCUUCCAUUUACCGUAUAUACUCGAGUAUAAGCCAAGGUUUUCAGCCCACUUUUUGGGCUGAAAAAAGCCACCUCGGCUUAUA